UAUCCUCACAUCAACCACUUCAUUGGCUUCAAAAUCUCAUCCACGCAAUCCCAUAAUCCAUUUCCAAACCUAAACACAACAAAACCAAACCAGAAAAAUAAUCUCCCUUCUAGCAUUUCAUCUUCUCACUUCCCAUUAACACACUACACUACAGUACAGCCAUGGCCGCUGCAGUUACAGCUGCAGUUUCUUUUCCGUCCUCUAAGUCCACUCCUCUAUCUUCAAGAGCGUCCAUCAUAUCACCAGAGAGAAUCACCUUCAACAAGGUUCCUGUUUAUUAUAGAGAUGUUUUGUCUUCUGGUAGAAGAGUGAUCUCCAUUAGAGCUCAAGUUACAACAGAGGCCGAAGCUCCUCCGGUUAAGGUUAAGAAAGAGUCGAAGAAAAAUGAUGAAGGUAUUGUUGUUAACAAGUUUAAGCCGAAGGAGCCUUACAUCGGGAGAUGCCUUUUGAAUACUAUUAUUACUGGUGAAGAUGCUCCUGGUGAAACUUGGCACAUGGUCUUCAGCACUGAGGGAGAGGUACCGUACAGAGAAGGGCAGUCAAUUGGUAUAAUUCCAGAUGGUAUUGAUAAGAAUGGGAAGCCUCACAAGCUGAGAUUGUAUUCAAUUGCCAGCAGUGCUAUUGGUGACUUUGGAGACUCCAAAACUGUUUCUCUUUGUGUGAAGCGACUUGUGUACACCAAUGACAAUGGAGAAGUAGUAAAAGGAGUCUGCUCAAAUUUCUUAUGUGAUUUGAAACCUGGAGCUGAAGUGAAGAUUACUGGACCAAUUGGAAAAGAAAUGCUGAUGCCAAAAGAUCCUAAUGCCACAAUUGUUAUGCUUGGAACAGGAACUGGAAUUGCUCCUUUCAGAUCAUUCUUGUGGAAAAUGUUCUUUGAGAAGCAUGAGGACUAUAAGUUCACCGGUUUGGCAUGGCUGUUCCUGGGAGUACCCACAAGCAGCUCACUGCUGUACAAGGAGGAAUUCGAGAAAAUGAAGGAGAUAGCUCCUGAUAACUUCAGGCUGGACUUUGCUGUGAGCAGAGAACAAACUAACGAAAAAGGAGAAAAAAUGUAUAUUCAAACUCGAAUGGCUCAAUACGCAGAAGAGCUCUGGGAAUUACUCAAGAAAGAUAACACCUAUGUCUACAUGUGUGGAUUGAAAGGAAUGGAGAAGGGCAUUGAUGACAUUAUGACAUCGUUGGCUGCGAAAGAAGGCAUUGAUUGGUUAGAGUACAAAAGGACAUUGAAGAGAGCAGAGCAAUGGAAUGUGGAAGUUUACUAAUGUGAACAACCCUUAUUACUUGUACAAAUUAAUGUCUCCUCUUUUUGUUGUAAUGAUUCCAUCAACCUGCAUUUCUGUAGAUAGGUAAUAUGACUCCAAUUUUCAAUAAAAUCUUCUCUUCUAUGGU